AUGUCUCCCGAUCAAAACGCAACCCUCGUCUUCAUCCCGUUCCCCGUCCUGAGCCACCAGGCGGCCGCCGUCCAGCUGGCCGAACUCCUCGUGUCCCGGGACCCGCGCCUCUCGGUCGCCAUCAUCCUCAUGAAGCUCCCAAUCGACACCAAAACCGGUUCAUCCCCCGAGAAAACUUCCCCCGACUCACGGAUCCACUUCGUCCAUCUUCCCCCCGACGAAUCCGGUUUUGCCACGUCGACCGAGUCGCCCAAAUUAUUGGUGGACCGUUUUGUCACCAGCCAGCAGGGUCCCGUGAGGGACGCCGUGUCAAAAUUAAUCGAAACCGGGAGCCAGACGAAACCGAGCCGUCUCGCGGGCUUCGUUGUCGACAUGUUCUGCACGGCCAUGGUCGACGUGGCCCACGAGCUCGGCGUCCCGUCCUACGUUUUCUUCACUUGCAGCGCCUCAUGCCUCGGCCUCCUUCUCCACCUCCAGGGACUCGUCGAUUUCGAAAAUCGAGACCUCAAGGAGUACAAGGAUUCGGACGAGGCCGCCUCGAUUUCCGUCCCCACGUACGGUUCCCCUGUUCCCGUGCGCGUGUGGCCGGAAAUGGUUUUCGACGGGGAGAGCAUUUUCUUGAAUUUCGCUAGGAAGUUCAGGGAGACGAAGGGUAUUAUCGUCAACACUUUUCUCGAACUCGAGCCGCGCGCGGUGCGCGCGCUCGUGAAUCUCCCGCCGGUUUAUCCGGUGGGCCCCAUCAUCCAAUAUUCGAACGAGGACAAUAAAGAGCUCGACGAGAUCACGAAAUGGCUCGACGAGAAACCCGACUCGUCGGUAGUGUUCCUCUGCUUCGGCAGCCGCGGGAGUUUCGACGCGGAUCAGGUGCGGGAGAUUGCUGCCGCGCUCGAGAGAAUCGGGUGCGGAUUUCUGUGGUCGUUGCGAAAACCGGCGCCAAAGGGAAAAUUCGAGUUUCCGGGGGAGUUUGAGAAUGUGGGUGAGUUUUUGCCCGACGGGUUCUUGGAGCGGAUUUCGGGCUUCGGGAAGGUGAUCGGGUGGGCCCCACAGGUGGCGGUGCUGGCCCACCGAGCGGUCGGGGGGUUUGUUUCGCACUGCGGGUGGAACUCGACGCUCGAGAGUGUGUGGUGUGGGGUGCCGAUGGCCGUGUGGCCGUUGGCUGCCGAGCAGCAGGCGAACGCGUUCCAGCUGGUGACGGAGCUCGGGAUUGCGGUCGAGAUUAAGAUGGAUUACAAGAGGGAUAGCGGCGUGAUUGUGCCGGCCGACAGGAUAGAGAGGGCCGUCGGGGAGUUGAUGGGCACAGAGAAUGAGGGCCGGCGGGCUAAGGUGAGGGCUUUGAGUGAAACGAGUCGGGCUGUCAUGUCGGAAGGAGGUUCGUCGUAUGAGUUUUUGGGCCGGUUUAUCGACGAUGUUUUGGAGAAUGGUGCUUGA